UCAGAUCAGAAAUCCCCAAAAAAAAAAAACACAACAAAACCAAACCCGACAGAUCUUCUCUUCUUCCUCCUCCCUUUCCCAUCUUCGACGAGGCGACCCGGCGCGAGAGAAGAAGAGAUCGAUCGAUCGAUCAACCGAUCUCGCCGGAGAAGGAAGAGGAGCAAAGAUGUCGUCGGUGUUCAGCGGCGAUGAGACGGCGCCCUUCUUCGGCUUCCUCGGCGCCGCCUCCGCCCUCAUCUUCUCAUGCAUGGGUGCGGCGUACGGGACGGCGAAGAGCGGCGUCGGCGUGGCGUCCAUGGGCGUGAUGCGCCCGGAGCUCGUGAUGAAGUCCAUCGUGCCCGUGGUCAUGGCUGGUGUGCUCGGUAUCUACGGCCUCAUCAUCGCCGUCAUCAUCAGUACAGGGAUCAACCCCAAGGCUAAGCCGUACUACCUCUUUGACGGCUACGCGCAUCUGUCGUCCGGGCUCGCCUGUGGCCUCGCCGGUCUCGCUGCCGGAAUGGCCAUCGGCAUCGUCGGUGAUGCUGGUGUCAGGGCAAAUGCACAGCAACCAAAGCUUUUCGUGGGCAUGAUCCUCAUCCUCAUUUUCGCAGAAGCGCUUGCCCUGUAUGGUCUCAUUGUGGGCAUCAUCCUCUCAUCCCGUGCCGGCCAAUCUCGUGCAGAUUAGGCACUUUGCGGUACCAUACCGCUGUUAUUCCACUGGCUAUAUUCUUGAGAAAACCUGAAACUUACUUGGGAGCUCUAGUUUAAUGUAUUAAAAGAUCGAUUUGUAGCUUAAGGAAGGUGGCACUUCCAGUCCUUUUUGUUUCUUUUGUGGUGGUUCAUGCAAAGUUUUUUGGGUUAGGCUGGAUUUGCUGCUCCUGAGCAAACGGAUUUAAUCUCAUUCGUGGUGAAUAAAAAACACGGCAUUGUAGCAAAAUAAAAUCAUUACAAUAUAUUAUGUUCAUCCCUUCACUCUAAUGUAUUGGAUUGCAAAAAUCAUCAAUGCUCCUUUUUGUUAUG